AUGGAGGUGGGAAAAAUCCGAAGUGUCAGGGUGAAAAAGCACUUGAAAAAUGGGAAGAAUGUUUCGAUGGGUUUCGGCUUUAUAGAGUUCGAUUCUGUGGAUACAGCAACGGCUGUUUGCAAGGAUUUGCAAGGAACUGUUUUGGAUGGACAUGCCCUGAUAUUGCAACUUUGUCAUGCUAAGAAGGAUGAACAAGUACUUAAAAAAGUUGAGAAGGAGCAGAGUUCAACAAAAUUGAUUGUGAGAAACGUAGCUUUUGAGGCAACAGAGAAAGAGCUGAGACAACUGUUUAGUCCAUUUGGCCAGAUUAAGAGUUUAAGGUUGCCAAUGAGGUUUGGGAACCAUAGGGGCUUUGCUUUUGUGGAGUUUGUAACGAAACAAGAAACCCAAAAUGCUCUUCAAGCUCUUUCAAAUACCCAUCUCUAUGGUCGCCAUCUGGUUCUGGAGAGAGCGAAGGAAGGCGAAAGCUUAGAGGAAUUACGGGCUCGAACGGCUGCUCAGUUCACUGAUGAGCAUAGUGGUUUUCAAAAUUCCAUGAAGUUAUCAAAAAAAAGGAAGCACAUGACCAUAUUGGAUGAAGGCAAUGUUAGAUUUGAAAGACUUGCAGAUUAG